GCAUUCCCAGGCGUGGCGCUCCGUGCGCGACUGGGAAUCCCGAGUUCGCGGCUCUGGAACUGCGCGGGCGAGUCCGCCAGGGCUGGUGAGGCGCAGAGAGCUGGUCUCGCGCUCGAAGGACAGAUGUGCCGGGGCGUCAGGGCGCGCGGACCCGAGCUCAGGUGAAGCUCUUGGAAAGGACAGACGGAGACGACCAGAUGCCAGCAGAGGAGCCCUGCGCUCCCGGCGCCCCGGGUGCCCAGCGGAGCGAGCGCGCGCCGGGCCGCGAACCGCGCGUGCCCAGCCAGCUGCUGCCGGAGCUCUACACCUUCGUGGCGCGAGUGCUUUUCUACCUGGCCCCUGUCUAUCUCGCCGGCUACCUGGGGCUCAGCAUCACCUGGCUGCUGCUCGGCGCCCUGCUGUGGAUGUGGUGGCGCAGGAACCGCCGCGGGAAGCUCGGGCGGCUGGCGGCCGCCUUCGAAUUCCUAGAGAACGAACGCCAGUUCAUCAGCCGCGAGCUGCGGGGCCAGCACCUGCCCGCCUGGAUCCACUUCCCGGAUGUGGAGCGGGUCGAAUGGGCCAACAAGAUCAUAUCCCAGAUCUGGCCCUACCUAAGCAUGAUCAUGGAAAACAAGUUCCGGGAGAAGCUCGAGCCCAAGAUCCGGGAGAAAAGCACCCAUCUGAGGACCUUCACCUUCACCAAACUCUACUUCGGACAGAAGUGUCCCAGGGUCAAUGGCGUCAAGGCACACACUAACCAGUGCAACCGGAGACAGGUGGUCCUGGACCUGCAGAUCUGCUACAUCGGGGACUGUGAGAUCAGUGUGGAGCUGCAGAAGAUACAGGCUGGUGUGAACGGGAUCCAGUUGCAGGGCACGCUGCGUGUCAUCCUGGAGCCCCUCCUGGUGGACAAGCCCUUUGUGGGAGCUGUAACUGUGUUCUUCCUUCAGAAGCCGCACCUGCAGAUCAACUGGACAGGCCUGACCAACCUGCUAGAUGCACCUGGAAUCAACGAGGUGACAGAGAGUCUGCUGGAGGACCUCAUCGCUGCCCACCUGGUGUUGCCCAACCGUGUGACUGUGCCCGUGAAGAAGGGGCUGGACUUGACCAACUUGCGCUUCCCUCUGCCCUGCGGGGUGAUCAGAGUCCACUUGCUGGAGGCAGAAAAGCUGGCCCAGAAGGACAAUUUCCUAGGAAUCCGAGGCAAGUCAGACCCCUAUGCCAAGAUGAGCAUUGGCCUGCAGCAUUUUCGGAGCAAGACCAUCUACAAGAAUCUGAACCCCACCUGGAAUGAAGUAUUUGAGUUCAUCGUGUAUGAAGUCCCUGGGCAGGACCUGGAGGUGGACCUGUACGACGAGGAUCCUGACAGGGAUGACUUCUUGGGCAGCCUGCAGAUCUGCCUUGGUGAUGUCAUGACGAACAGAGUGGUGGAUGAGUGGUUUGCCCUGAAGGACACAACCAGUGGGCGGCUACACCUGCGGCUGGAGUGGCUUUCAUUGAUUGCAGACCCAGAUGCUCUGAUUGAGGACCAUGGUAGCUCUUCCACUGCCAUCCUCGUGGUCUUCUUGGAGAGCGCCUGCAACCUGCCGAGAAAUCCUUUUGACUACCUAAAUGGUGAAUAUCAAGCCAAAAAGCUCUCCAGAUCUGCCAGGAAUAAAGUCAGCAGAGACCCUUCUUCCUAUGUCAAGCUAUCUGUAGGCAAGAAGACAUACCUGAGCAAGACCUGUCCACGCAGCAAGGACCCUGUGUGGAGCCAGGUGUUCUCCUUCUUUGUGCACAGUGUGGCGGCCGAACAACUGCAUCUGAAGGUGCUCGAUGAUGACCAAGAGUGUGCCCUAGGAGUGCUGGAGUUCCCCCUGUGUCAGCUUCUUCCCUACGCAGACCUUACCCUCGAGCAGCGCUUUCAGCUGGACCACUCAGGCCUAGACAGCCUCAUUUCCAUGAGGCUGGUGCUUCGGUUUCUGCGCAUGGAAGAGCGAGAGCUGAGAAGCCCAUACACAGGACCUGAAGCCCUAAAGAAAGGCCCUCUGUUUGUUAAGAAGAUGGCCACCAACCAGGACCCAAGAGCCCCACCCCAGGAAGGCCCUGCAGAUUUGCCGUGCCCCUCAGACCCUGCUUCUGAUACCAAGCAAGCCUCCAAGAGCACCACAGCCACCACUGCUGCCACCAAGCCCACACCUCAAGAGAUGGGCCCAGAGCCCAAAGGCAAGGACAGUGCCAGAGGGUUCUGUGAACCCAUGGGGGAGAAGAAGAGUUUGGCCACCAUCUUCCUGACUGUCCCAGGCCCCCACUCUCCAGGGCCCAUCAAGUCACCCAGACCCAUGAAAUGCCCUGCCUCCCCAUUCGCAUGGCCGCCCCAGAGGCUGGCUCCCAGCAUGUCCUCGCUCAACUCCCUGGCCUCUUCCUGCUUUGACCUGACAGAUAGCAGCCUCAACAUUGAAGGCGGGGAUCUCAGGCAUCGGGGGCUGGGUGAGAUUCAGCUCACAGUGCGCUAUGUGUGUCUGCGGCGCUGUCUCAGCGUGCUAAUCAACGGCUGCAGAAACCUGACACCCUGUACCAGCAGUGGAGCUGAUCCCUACGUCCGUGUCUACUUGUUGCCAGAAAGGAGGUGGGCAAGUCGUAAGAAGACCUCAGUGAAGCGGAAGACCCUGGAGCCCCUAUUUGAUGAGACAUUUGAAUUUUUUGUUCCCAUGGAUGAAGUAAAGAAGAGGUCACUAGACGUUGCAGUGAAAAACAGCAGGCCACUUGGCUCACACAGAAGGAAGGAGCUAGGAAAAGUACUGAUUGAUUUAUCAAAAGAAGAUCUGAUUAAGGGCUUCUCACAGUGGUAUGAACUGACUCCAGAUGGACAGCCCAGGAGUUGAUGAUGAACAACAUUAUCGUCUUUAUUUUAAAAUGUGUACAUAUGUAUAUUUUGUACUUUAAAUCAGAACAGCCAUUUGAAAAAAAAAUUAUAUAUACACAUUAUUGUGUACAGUAUAACUGCAUGACUGGAUACUAUUAGGAGGAGCAGUAAACACAUGUAAAAGCAAGAACUACUCUGGGUUUUUUUGUUUUUGGCCACAAUCAUGGCAGAUGGAAGU